ACUGUAAGGUUUAAGGUGUUUACGUUAUUCUAAAACUGAAUACAUUAAAAAGCUUUGAAGUUUGUAUAAUAGUUAAAAUGUCGAUCUCGAGCGCUUCGGGUUCGAACCCUGACGAAGGGGGUCAAUCGUCUGACGCUGAAUUACAAGAGGAACAGAUAUCGCAUCAAUCAAGCAGCGGAUCCGAAGAAUUCCGAAGCGUUCCGAACUCUCCCGAACAAGCAAACGAAAACGAAAACGAAACAGGUGUUUGUGUGGCUGGUAUACCUCCUCGCCAGGAGGCUAAAAAAGUUUGUCGCAACAUCUCAAAACUCCUCCGGGAUAAGAAGUCCUCCACAAGAGGAUCUCGCAUGUUUAGAAAGAGACGGAAAAGAUCAGAAAGAUUCGCGAUCAUAGGAUACGGGACACAACCAGUCGAAGAAGAAGACACUGAUUGCAGUGUUGGGAGAGAAAAUACUGACUCAGUUAUAUCUUUUGGUUCAACUGACGACGAGAUAUUAGCUUACGAUCGACCAGGGCCGGAUAACGUACUUGAAAGAGAAAGCAGGCUCUCGGCCGCACAACAGAUAAUUCACAACCAGCACAAACACCUCGCCAUGGACGCCGUUCAAAUGAAAGGUAAAGGAGCGAAGUUAUUUGCACGGAGGCAAAGACGAAUGGAGAAGUAUGUAAUUGAAAAUAAACCAGAAGAAGAAGGUCUUGUAUCGGAUGCAGAAAGAUGCCAACCUCAUUCGAAUUUAGGAGCACAAGGAGCGAAUCCUGCAUCUUUUGAGAUGAGCAACGGAGAAGAGAGGGGCUUUACUCCGGUUUCGUUUAACAACAUCCAUUCCUGUGCUCCGAAGCAAAAUCCAGGAGCAGCUCUGCAACAUCCGUUUGGAGUCGUCCGGGUGCCAAAGGAGCGAGAGCUGGAGACAAGUGAGGAUGGAUCUGUAGAUUACUCUUCAAGAAGAAGAAGAUCAGGAAGUAGGACAAGACCUACUCAUGGAAAGGCAUGGGAAGAUGAUAGCAAAGGUCGUUUUGCGAGCGCUGAUUGGUCAACAGAUGACGAAUCAGCUGACCGAGGUCGACCUAUGAGAAUGCAGCAGUCGACUGAUAGACAGAGUGGGUUCUCUUACAGAAAAGUACAACCCCCCACACCAAGCGCCCCAAAGCCCCCAAUUGCACCCCUACUAAAUCUAGAUAUGCAACGAGCAACAAAAUUAAGGGAUCAAACUGAACCCAAUAGUGCCGGUUCAAUGUUUGCAACAACCACGCCACAGAAAACCUGGAGAUCCGUGAAGUUUCAGCCAAAUAAAGCAAGGCCAAAAACACCAGCAGCUCAAUCGCCUCAAGUCGCCUACCCAUUAAGAAACAACACGGAAAACUUUACUUCCAAGCCAAAGCCAUCUUACCAAAAGCCUGCACCAGUUCGUGUCUGGUCAAGAGCACCAGCAACCAAAACGCCAGCAACAAAACCACAGCCAGUACAGUCAGGUUACAUUCCUCCAAAAUCUCCUUCUGUAGCUUUACUGAAAGAGCCGCUAAAAGUAAGGUCGCCAUCUCCGUUUAAAACAUUCGAAAACAUCAGCUCAAAAACACCGACACCUGCCUGGCGACCUGAGAAUUUAGAAAAUCAAACCGAUGACAUUGGUACAAUUACCGUUCUACAAAAUGGUACUGAUCCAGCACAUAAAAACGAAGAGAAAUCUCAAACAAAUAGUGAAGUCAUUUUGCCAAUUGUAAACGUAGCCAAUACACAUCAACACAUAAUAGAUAACGGUAAUGAAACUGAACAAGAAAUCGAAGAUAUCACUCGAAAAGCUGCAGAAAGAGAUGAAAAAAGCUUAACAACACAAAAUACUACUGCCCCAGCAAAGUCCCCUAGUAUGGCGCCAAAGUUACGUCCGGUUUCGACUCCAAUACGGUACCAGCCGUCUCCAGUUAGAGGUAUAAGAACACCAAGUCCAAACCCUGACCAAGUUACCGAAAAACCGAAGAUUGCAGCUUGUUUAAAACUGUUAGACCCCUCAAAAGGAAGAUACGAGCCGAAGAUGGAAUUGGUUUAUAAACAAACUCCUACACUUGGUGCAGUUCUGGACGGAGCUGCGCCUAAAUCGACCGAGCGACCGCCCUCACGAAAUAGUUACGUCACGCAACAAUUCAACAAACCGACCUCCGCGAACCAGGGAAUUCCCCCUAGCAGUUACUCACGGCCAAGCAAACCACGUGACUCUCAAAUAACGUCAUCAAGGCCUUUGGGUGCAAUAGCCGGAGCAGGGCUAAAGGGCAAAGGGGCUCGAAUAUUUGAAAAACAACAGCAAAGAAUGGAGCAGUACACAAAGGAAUGUAAUGGGAAUAAAAAGCCACUGCCCCCGCCGGAGUUACAGCCUUCGAAUUAUCGAAAACCUUUGAGUAGCUCUACGCUGCCCAAGCCUUCGCCUGGUACUAAAACAAGGGAAAACAUGGGCCAAGUGCUCGGAGAAUUUCGGAAGGUUUCGGAUUCCGAUUCACCAAAACGACCGAGUGCACAUCGAAAAGGGCGAAGCAAGGACCCGUUUCAUUACCAGAGUUAUUACGUUGCACGUCGCCCCCCAUCAGCGGCUGACUUUGUUUGCACCGAUGACGCAAUGUCAGAUACCAACUCAGCUACGUCAUCAUUGACGUCAUCGUACGAUAUGGGGUCGACAUGCUCUUCCAGAUAUAAUGACGUCACGCAACGCCAGAACGAUGACGUAAGAGGGGAAGUACCAGCUAGGAACAUGGUCAAAGGCCCUCCACCACGCGUGGCUCCAAAACCAAAAAUUGAGAGGUUUUUGAGCUCGGAUUCAAACCCGAGUGUUAUAGUAACACCAGUAGCAGGUGAAAUGAACGCUUUUUCGGCUGUACCAAAUGGCAUCGGCCAAGCAAAAGAGCUGAGCCCAAAUGUGAUCACGAAUGGCGUUUCGGGAAAUACUGAGACCAUUAAUGGAGGUCCAUCUUCUACAACUAUAAAUAGCUCCGCACCUAAGCCCGCUUUUUCUGUUUGGUCCCCAGCAAACGGUACAACAGAGCCACAGUUCCCAGACCUGCCCCCUCCGCCCAGUUAUCACGAAGUAAGUCCCGUUUCAGCAGCCGCGGUAUCCAGGCCAAGAUUUGACGCAAAAAAUAUGCACCGGCCAAUGUCGAACGGAGGUGUAACAAUAAAUAAAGUUACCCCAGGGGUGACAGUUGCAAAACCUCGUUUUAUUGCAAACAAAGCACCAACAAAGUGGCAACCUUCGUAACUCAAAUUGAAACAUUUGACAAAUUGCAGUAUUUGUACAGUCAUUUUAGGUUAGGGUAAGAAGGUAAAUGUUUUCAUGGUCUUUUACUGUCUCGUUUGGUAGUAACAAAUUAAUAUUUACUGGAGUUUCUAAGUGUAUCUUUGCGGCACAAAGAGAGCGCAAUGAAAAAUAUAAUGUACUAACGGUAUAUAUCUAUUUUAUUCCACAGUAUUAUACAUUCAUAGUAUUACAUAACUUAUGGUACAGCAUAUUUACUGAGUACUAAAACAUAAUUUUCGCGUGGUAUGCUGCAGAUUCUAUUAAAAUAUGCGAGUUAUUUUAGACAAAAUUGUUACAGUUUUUGAUAUUUCUCGUUGCAUGUUUUUAAAGCGAAAUUUCACUUUGUUUUAGCGCAAAUGUAUUGUAAUUUUAAUUUCUAUUGCAUGAGUGUGUUAUAUCUUAUUAUUAGAAGGUUAGUGUUUAGAUUAUGCAUUGCGGGUUCUUAUAAAAAUGUCAGUAGAAUGCAACUGUUCUUAUACAAAUGUCAGUAGAAUGCAACUAUGCUUAUGCAGAUAUGGCUUCUGGUGGUGGUGUUAUGAACGGCAUAGUAAAACUGAAUGAUCGUAUAUUGCCUUUGUCUUUCUAUUGUAUAUAGUAUUCUGAUGCAUCAAUAUUGUGAAUAUUUAUAAUAAAUAAAUAGAAAAAUAA